GCCGACCAAUCGGCGCGCCGCUGCCCGAGCGAGCUGGCUCUUCCACCGCGAGAAGAACAAGGAGGAGAACGAGCUGAACAGAAGAAGGAAGCCGAGAGCCCAGGGAGCGCGCACCGGCCCACCGAGGAGGCCGCUGGAGACCUCGCCGUCGCGUCUUUGUGCCUCGACCCGCGCGCGUCCUUCUCUCGUCUGUGGAUUAUUACGGUGGAGUUUGGCACCGGGGGCGCACGGACGGACGGACGGAGUGGAUAAGGCCAUGGCCCUAACAGAUUGAAUAGCUCUCCGCUGGUGGUGGAGGAGGAGGAGGAGGUGUUGGUAGUGGUCGAGGGGGAAGGAGAGACGAGACGCACCGUGGAGACGGUUCACGGGGCUUUGUGCCGUGCGGGAGGGAAAAUGGUGGAUUAUUUGCGCUGUGCCAUAAAACCCGUGGAUAUCCUCCUUCCAUAAGCUCGGCGGCGCUUCUCGGCCUCGUCCACAGUCACCGAGGUCGUGUUGGUAGGUAGGUCGGACCCCCCCCCCCCUCCCUUUCUCUAAUGUAUGUAGGAUUUUUUGUCAUCCGGUGCGACGCCUACAACGUUCGGAGACAAUAAAACUGUUGGAUUACACCGAAGUAUGGAUUUCACCAGCGGCGGCGGCGGCGGCGGCGGAGGAAACAACGAGCUGCACAACAACCAGUUCUAUCAGUGCGAGGAGAACAAGCCUCUGCUGGGGGAGAUGUCGGAGGGCAACAACAACAACACCGGCGGCCCCGGGGCCAGGCUGGGCGCGGGGGGCCCGUGCAAGAGGUCCCUGCACCACUGCAGCAGCAGCGGCAUGCGCUACAAGCUGCUGCACGAGGGCGACAUCCAGGUGUGCGUGGUCAAGCACCCGCGCACCUUCCUCAGCAAGAUCCUCACCUCCAAGUUCCUGCGGCGGUGGGAGCCGCACCACCUCACGCUCACCGACAGCAGCCUGACCUCGGCCACCCCCACCGGUUACAUGGAGACGCCGCUGUCGUACAGCGCCAUCGAGGACCUGCAGCUCCUCUCCUGGGACAACGCUCCCAAGUACUGCGUCCAGCUGAGCUUCCCCGGCGGCACCGUCCUGCUGCAGGCUGCAAACAGCUACUUAAGAGACCAGUGGUUUCACUCACUGCAGUGGAAGAAAAAGAUCUACAAGUACCGCAAGGUCCUGAACAACCCGAGUCGCUGGGACGUGGUGCUGAAGGAGAUCCGAGCGCUGGUGGACAUGGCUCUGACCUCGCCGCUGCAGGACGAGUCCAUCCACCAGGCGCCGCUGCACAUCAUCUCCACCCUGCUGGCUGAGAACUCCAACCUCAGCACUCAGGACCAUGAGAACAUCAUCGUGGCCAUCGCUCCUCUCCUGGAAAACAACCACCCACCCCCCGACCUGUGUGAGUUCUUCUGUAAGCACUGUCGGGAGCGGCCGCGCUCCAUGGUCGUGAUCGAGGUGUUCACUCCCGUGGUCCAGAGAAUCCUCAAACACAACAUGGAUUUCGGGAAGUGUCCUCGGCUGCGUCUCUUCACUCAGGAGUACAUCCUGGCUCUGAACGAGCUGAACGCCGGGAUGGAGGUCGUCAAGAAGUUCGUCCACAGCAUGCACGGGCCAACGGGGCAGUGCCCUCACCCACGCGUCCUGCCGAACCUGGUGGCCGUGUGUCUCGCCGCCAUCUAUUCCUGUUACGAGGAGUUCAUCAACAGUCGGGACAACUCCCCCAGCCUGAAGGAGAUCCGAAACGGUUGCCAGCAGCAGAACGACCGCAAGCCCCCGAUGCCGCUGCGCCUGCUGCGCCCCGAGCCGCCCACGCCGCCUCCCGCCACCCUCCUCCCCCUCUCCGCCCACCCCGGUCCUCCUCCUCCUCCUCCGCAGCCGGCGCCUCCCCCCUCAAACCCCGCCCCCUCCAUCUCCAUCCCCAUCACCUCCCCGACGCCCACCCCGCCGCUCUCCCCGCCGCCCUCCGAGGUCAACUCCAGCGAGAUCCUGGUGGAGAUGGAGCGCAACAACAACUCGGCCAACAACGCCCGGCGGAAGGGCGGGCCGUCGGGCGGCGACAGCGAGCCCAACCUCAUCGACUGUCUGCUGGUCAGCCCGGCCGUCAACACGCUGUCCAUCCAGCUGCCGGCGCAGGCCGACCGCGUGCUGGGCUGCUUCGCCCUCAUCCUCAAGAUGCUGUCCGACUACGACGACUGGAGACCUGCUCUGGCCAGUCUGCUGCAGCCCAUCCCCUUCCCCAAAGAGGCCCUCGCUCACGCCAAGUUCACAAAGGAACUGAAAUACGUCAUCCAGAGGUUUGCCGAGGAUCCGAGGCAGGAGGUUCACUCCUGCCUGCUAAGCGUGCGGUCAGGUAAAGAUGGCUGGUUCCAGCUCUACAGUCCAGGGGGCGUGGCCUGUGAUGACGACGGAGAGCUCUUCGCCAGUAUGGUUCACAUCUUGAUGGGCUCCUGCUACAAGACCAAGAAGUUCCUCCUCUCCCUGGCGGAGAACAAGCUGGGCCCCUGCAUGCUGCUCGCCCUGCGGGGGAACCAGACCAUGGUGGAGAUCCUGUGUCUGAUGCUGGAGUACAACAUCAUCGACAACAAAGACACUCAGCUGCAGAUCAUCUCCACGCUGGAGAGCACGCAGGUCGGCCUGCGCAUGUACGAGCAGCUCUGUGACCGACAGCGGGAACUCAAAGAGCUGCAAAGGAAAGGAGGCCCCACCCGCCUGACGCUGCCGUCCAAGUCCACGGACGCCGACCUGGCCCGCCUGCUGAGUUCAGGCUCCUUCGGGAACUUGGAGAACCUGAGCCUGGCCUUCACCAACGUCACCAGUGCCUGUGCUGAGCAGCUCAUCAAGCUGCCGUCACUCAAACAGCUCAACCUGUGGUCCACGCAGUUCGGCGACGCAGGGUUGAGGUUGUUGUCCGAGCAUCUGGCCUGUCUUCAGGUCUUGAACCUGUGUGAGACGCCCGUCACUGACGCCGGCCUGUUGGCUCUCAGCUCCAUGAAGAGUCUGUGCAGCCUGAACAUGAACAGCACCAAACUCACGGCCGACACAUACGAGGACCUCAAGGCCAAACUGCCCAACUUGAAAGACGUCGACGUUCGGUACACGGAGGCCUGGUGAUCAGCCACGCCCCCCCCCCCCCCCCCAACACACACACACACACACACACACACACACACGCACA